AUGGUUGUCAACAACAACUAUGAAAAUGACCAAGACCCUAUAGAAAAAGAACUUGCUAAUGAAAAAAGUCACGAUAUUAUUUACAGCAUAGAUUCAUGGUCAUCAUAUAGUUCUACGUACCAUCCGUCUCACAUUUUAGUCGAUAAUCCUAAAGAUCAAGGAUCAAGAUGGAGUUCGAUCAACAAUACAAAUGAACAAUACAUUAUAAUAAAAUUAAAUCAAUUGUCUAUUGUAAAAGAAAUUACUUUUGGAAAAUAUCAUAAACCUCAUGUUUGCAACCUCAAAGAGCUAAAAGUAUAUGGCGGGCCUUCUAGAAAUAGUAUGCUCCUUCUCUUACAUACAGGUCUUGCAAAUGAUAUUGAAUCUGAAUCCUUUCAAUUAUUAAGGAAAAGCGAAAAACAUAACACUCAUGUUCCUAUACGUUUUUUAAAAAUUGUUCCAUUAACAGUUUGGGGUACCGACUUUAAUUUUUCCAUAUGGUAUGUAAAAAUACAUGGAUGGACAUGCAAAAAAAUUGUAGCAAAUGCUAUGAACAAUUUGGAAUCAAAACUAGAAACAUAUGCACUAAAACUUACUCUUACACAUCUUCGUCGUCGGAAUUCUAUUAAAACAUUCAAAUUGCUUUCUUCUUUAUUUGAACUAGAACUAGAACAUCCUUUUUUAAAUAGUAUAUAUCAAACACUAGUAAUAGAUGGAGAUUUUAUAAAAGCAGAACUCUUAAUUGAUGAAGCAGAAUCAAUAGGUGCAUUUGAUGAAUAUAUAUCAAAAGAAAACUAUACUUCAUUAUGGAUUGAGAACAUACAUCCAGACCUAUAUCAAGUUCCAGGUCCAAGAGGAGGCCAUCAAAUGUGUAUUGAUCAAAAAGAAAGAAUAAUAUAUCUUUUUGGAGGAUGGGAUGGAUAUAAAGAUUUAUCAGAUUUUUGGUUAUAUUCAAUAGAAUGUAACACAUGGAAGAAAAUAUCAGAUAAUACAUUAUUACAAAAUGGUCCAUCAGCUAGAUCUUGUCAUAGAAUGUGUUUUGAUUCAAAAGAAAAAAAAAUUUAUCUUCUCGGAAAAUUUAUUGAAGCAAAUCAAAGAAAUCAAGAAAAUAUCAAUGUAGCAGAUUUUUGGGUAUGGGAUGUAAAAACUGAAAAAUGGGAAUGCAUUUCUGAAAAUACUUCAAAUGAUAACGGUCCAUCUUUAAUUUUUGAUCAUGCAAUGUGUAUAGAUGAAAAUAAUCAAGUAAUAUACGUUUUCGGAGGCAGAAUAGUAACACUAGAUCCUUCUAUAAAUAAACUUAGCGACUUCUUUUGUUAUUCUAUAUCAAAUCGUACUUGGAAAAUUCUUAGAAAAGAUAGUAACUCAUUAGUGCCUACAAUAAAUACUAUAAGAUCAAGAAUAGGACAUUCAAUGCUUUUUGAGCCUAUUCUUAGAUGUCUUUUUAUUUUUGCUGGGCGACGUUCUAAGGAAUAUCUUUCAGAUUUUUAUCUUUAUGAUAUAGAUAAAGAUAAAAUUUUUGUCAUAAGUAUGGAUUGUUUUAAAGAUGGAGGACCUGAAGCUGGAUUUACACAAAAAGCUACUUUAAAUUUAAAAAAGAAAGAAAUUAUAGUAUUAAAUGGCUUAGUAAAAGAUAAAGAAAAAAACGAAGAAAUGGUGAAAAGUUCAGCUUGGAUUUAUUAUUAUGGAAAUAACAUAAGACAUGGCAUUUGGAAUAAAAUUAAUCAAAAUGAUAACAAUGAUAUUAUAAAAAAUAAAAAUAGACCUUGUCCUAGAUAUGCUCAUCAACUUGUAUAUGACGAAAAAUCUGAAUUACACUUUUUAUAUGGCGGAAAUCCAAGAAACAAAAAUUCCCCAGAAGAAAGAUUAAAUGAUUUUUGGACUCUUAGAUUACAAAAACCAACUGUUUCAGAAAUAUCAAGACGUUUAAAAUUAUAUUUACGAAAACAAAAAUUUAGAGAGCUUUGCCGUAUACUAUCCUCAAUAGAUGCAUUGUCAUAUUUACGUAACGAACUUUCAUCUUUGCUUGAUCAUUCAAACAAAGAAGAAAUCUAUUCAUUUUGUUCUCUUAUAACAGAUGAACUAUUCGCUCCUAAAUCAGAAAAACACUUUGACAAUACAGAAAUGAAAAAUUUAAUACAUACUCUUAGAAUGGAAGUUUUCGAUAUUUUAAUUAAUUUUUUUCCUCAAAAUUGGAGAGGUCCUAAUGAAAGAUUGGUAGAUUUAAUUAAAUUAUAA